AAGGUCUUCUGCAUCAUCUCCCUGCUCUGCGAUCUCUUUCAGAAAUGACUUUCUUCUUCACAGCCCUUUGAAGUGCCUGAUAGUAAAUAAAAGCACGUAAUUUACCAACGUGGCUGAAACCAGAAAUAUCUUUCUGUGUCUGUCCUCUCUGUUUAUCAAUUCAGGUUUCCAAAGGCGGAGGGAGAAGUUCCCUGGCAUCGGUGACCUACUGAGGCAUCUCUGGAGCUCAGGAUGGAGCUGGUGAGGGGGCAGGACCCCCACCUGCGAGAGGUCGUGUGGUUUGCGGUGUGUGGCAGAGCCCUGACACUUCUGCUGCAGGCUCUGUUUAACCUCCUGAUCCCGGAUCACGCCGCGGAUGCCUUCUCUCCCCCUCGCCUGCCCGAGCCUGGCCCCUGGGACCUGCUGGUGGAGCGGUUGCUGGGUGGCCUCUCGCGCUGGGAUGCGGAGCAUUUCCUCUUCAUCGCCGAGCGGGGCUACCUCUACGAGCACAACUGUGCCUUCUUCCCACUCUACCCCCUGGCCCUGCGUGCCCUGGCCGAGGGGGCUUUCUGGCCCUUCCAGGGGCUGCUACGGCUGCGAAGCCGCCUCCUGCUUUCGGCCGUGCUUCUUAAUUCUCUUUUUUCCACCCUGGCAGCCUCUGCCCUGUAUCAGCUGGGCUGCGUCGUGCUGCGUUGUCACAGGGUGGCUUUCCUCGCUGCCCUUCUCUUCUCUCUCAGCCCUGCCAACGUAUUUAUGGCAGCUGCUUACUCGGAGAGCAUGUUUGCCUUCCUGGCUUUCAGUGCCAUGUGGCAACUGGAGAAGGGGCAGAGCUGGCUCAGCGGACUGCUCUUCUCCCUCGCUUCUGGGGUGCGUGCCAACGGGCUUAUUAAUGCUGGCUUCUUCCUCUACUCCCGCGGUAAAUGCUUUGCCCUCCAGCUCCAGGGGGGCUCGGGGGCAGUAAAGAAGCUCCCUCCCUUGUGGAAGCAACUCCUGAGCGUGGCAUCUUCAGCAGUCUUGAUGUGUGCUGGGAUUUUUCUGCCUUUUACUUUAUUUCAGUAUUAUGCCUACGUGAGGUUCUGCGGUGCUGGCACCGGCCUGGAGCCACCUGUCCCCAAGCCACUGCUGCAGCUGGCUCUGGACAAGGGCUAUCGUCUGGUGGCCACCGAUGGGGAUAAGCCCCCUUGGUGCUCCCAGCGAUUCCCCGUGGUCUAUUCCUAUGUUCAAGACGUUUACUGGAAUGUGGGCUUCCUAAGGUACUUUGAGCUCAAACAGAUCCCAAAUUUCUUGCUUGCUUUGCCUGUCACGCUCCUGGGCUCUUGGGCUGCCUGGACCUAUGUCGUUGCAAACCCCCGGCACUGCCUAACUCUUGGUCUAGAGAGAAGAAAGAGCGAAGAAGAGGGUAAACCAAGAGCUGGAUUUUGCUGCCCGGCUGUCUUCGUGUACGUGGUCCAUGCCACGGUCCUGCUGGCCUUUGGAUUCUUCUGCAUGCACGUGCAGGUGCUGACCCGCUUCCUCGGCUCCUCCUCUCCCAUCCUCUACUGGUUUUCUGCUCACCUCCUUCAAGAACACGAACCUCUGCUCUGGAGCGAAGGGACCCAUCCUCAAACCUCAGCACCUCACUCCGAGAAGCCUCUUCGAGGUAGAUCUCCAGGUUCCUGGGGGAAGGAGCCUUUGGAAAACCCCCUCCUGAGGCUGCUGCUGAACUGUGGGUUACUCACCCCCCUCGGCAAAUGUGUCCUGGGAUUCUUUGUGACCUACUGGCUGCUGGGACUGAUCCUGCACUGCAACUUCUUGCCGUGGACGUAGCCGGGGGGGUGUUGGUGCAGACGGGUCGUGGGGCAGCAGCGCUGCUCAGAACUGACACUUGCUCCUGCUAAAAAAGCCUGAUGUCUCUGUAAGGAUGCUGUUGGGUGUAAUGAAGGUGUCACUCCUCAG